GGAGAUAUACAUAUAGUAUAUUUUAAGAAAAUUAGAUCCGCAUCCGCAAUAUUACAUCCACCUCGUAAAAAAUUUCAUAUAAAUAUUUGUUUUUAAAAUAUAUUGAUACUUAGAUAUAUUUUUUACGUCCGUAAUUUUGCUAUAAUCGUCCGGUCACACUCUUUUUUCUGCUGUUUCUUAAAUUUGUUUUUGCGUUAUUUUCAUAUUUCCAUCAAUAAAAGAACAUUUUUUGAAAAUACUUCAAUUUUUUAAACACUGCGGAAACAUGGCUGACAGGCUUACGCAGUUGCAAGAUACAGUUAAUCAGCAAGCCGAGCACUUCUGCAACGCUAUUGGAGUUAUACAACAAACAUCGUUUCCAAGUAAAUUUUUAAACUUUGACAGAACAGGUUCACAAACCCCAAAUGCUACUCAUUUAAAUCCACCGGAGGAUUAUGCGCAGCUAUUUGCACAACUAAUUGCUCGAUGCGCCAAAGAUAUUGACACAUUAAUUGAAUCAUUACCAAACGAAGACAGUUCAAUUGAGCUCCAAAAUUCCAGCCUUAAGAAACUGGAAAACGAAAAUCAGGAAACAGCAGUCGAAUUGGAGGAGGUUGUCCAAAAAGGAGAAUUGUUACUUGAAAGAAUUCAAUCUGCUUUGGAAAAUAUUGCACAAGCUCAACUAGAUAUGCAAAUAUCAAUUAAACAAAAUUUUCAAUAAAAAUGUUCAAACAAAAAUAUUUUUGUUUAUAAUAGUUUAUUUUUAUAGCAGUAACUUAACUUCUCCUCUCUUAACUUUCAGACUUUACAAGUUAUUUUUUAUAAAAGUUGUAUUUUUAGUUUAGUAACUAUCUUAUGCCAAUAUGUACAAAUUUUUCUUAUUUAUUAAUUACCGUUUAAGAAUUUGGAAAUAAAACGCUUGUGCUCAACAUA